UCUGUGCCCGGCGGCGCAGGACGGCGGUGGGCGGGGCUCACGCGAGGCGCUGGAACGGUGCAGACGAUUCUCGCUCCGCUGCUGUAGCUUCGGAGUGUUUGGCGAUGCGGCAGCGGGAGGUGUGGAGGCUCAUGUCGAGGUUUAAUGCAUUCAAAAGGACUAAUACCAUACUGCACCAUUUGAGAAUGUCCAAGCACACAGAUGCAGCAGAAGAUGUGCUAUUGGAAAAAAAAGGUUGUGCGGGAGUCAUAACGCUAAACAGACCAAAGUUCCUCAAUGCACUGACUCUUAAUAUGAUUCGGCAGAUUUAUCCACAGCUAAAGAAGUGGGAACAAGAUCCUGAAACUUUCCUGAUCAUUAUAAAGGGAGCUGGAGAAAAGGCUUUCUGUGCUGGGGGUGAUAUCAGAGUGAUCUCGGAAGCUGAAAAGGCAAAACAGAAGAUAGCUCCAGUUUUCUUCAGAGAAGAAUAUAUGCUGAACAAUGCUGUUGGUUCUUGCCAGAAACCUUAUGUUGCACUUAUUCAUGGAAUUACAAUGGGUGGGGGAGUUGGUCUCUCAGUCCAUGGGCAAUUUCGAGUGGCUACAGAAAAGUGUCUUUUUGCUAUGCCAGAAACUGCAAUAGGACUGUUCCCUGAUGUGGGUGGAGGUUAUUUCUUGCCACGACUCCAAGGAAAACUUGGUUACUUCCUAGCAUUAACAGGAUUCAGACUAAAAGGAAGAGAUGUGUACAGAGCAGGAAUUGCUACACACUUUGUAGAUUCUGAAAAGUUGGCCAUGUUAGAGGAAGAUUUGUUAGCCUUGAAAUGUCCUUCAAAAGAAAAUAUUGCAUCUGUCUUAGAAAAUUACCAUACAGAGUCUAAGAUUGAUCGAGACAAGUCUUUUAUACUUGAGGAACACAUGGACAAAAUAAACAGUUGUUUUUCAGCCAAUACUGUGGAAGAAAUUAUUGAAAACUUACAGCAAGAUGGUUCAUCUUUUGCCCUAGAGCAAUUGAAGGUAAUUAAUAAAAUGUCUCCAACAUCUCUAAAGAUCACACUAAAGCAACUCAUGGAGGGGUCUUCAAAGACCUUGCAAGAAGUACUAACUAUGGAGUAUCGGCUAAGUCAAGCCUGUAUGAGAGGUCAUGACUUUCAUGAAGGCGUUAGAGCUGUUUUAAUUGAUAAAGACCAGAGUCCAAAAUGGAAACCAGCAGAUCUAAAAGAAGUUACUGAGGAAGACUUGAAUAAUCACUUUAAGUCUUUGGGAAGCAGUGAUUUGAAAUUUUGAGAAAAAGUUUGUCAAUCCUUGUUUUAGAAGAUGGAAAAAUGUGAAGAUCUUUAGAGAUUCUCGAGUGGUAUAUCUAAUUGAAAUGGGAUCUUUGUUUGGCUUUUGGUAGUGGCUUGUAUGUUGAUGAAAUAAACUUAGGUAUAGAAUAUAAAAAAUAAAGACCCUGAAAAUUGUUUUGGAUACUGUGUUAAUGCCUCAUAGAAUUUUUGUUUUGGAUACUGUGUUAUGCCUAAUAGAAUUUUUGUUUUGGAUACUGUGUUAAUGCCUCAUAGAAUUUUCUCCAAUGUGAGUGUGUUUUAAAGUAACUGAGUUACUGUAGCAGAAGAGCUCCUUUUAUAAACAUUAGAAACCUUGGGCAGAGAGAAAAGAUUUUUAUUAACGUCCGUCUUCAGUAUUAACUCAGACUUGGUCCUCCCUAAAAUAAUCAGAAUACCAUCCCAUGGUGAAACUGAAAGCAUUAUUGUCUUGUUAUUUGUGGUAUUUGUUAAUCUGGUAGAAUGAGAAAUUAGGAAACUCCAAUCUCUUAGAGACACUGUUUGUUUUUUUUAUAAUUUACAUAAGACUUUUGUGUGAUAAUUAUCCUUACAAACAAGGUUCAAGUCAGGAGAAAAAAAUUAAUUGAAAGCAAGAAGACUUGUUCAAAACAUAUUCAAUAAUUGAUAUUAAUGAAAUAAGUACUUUUUAAGGUAUGAAAGAACUAAAAGGUAUUCCAGACUCAGAACCUUAAAGUUCUAGGCAAGAAUAAUUUUUAAACUAAAGGUAAGUUUAUAAAUUAACAAAGUAAAGUAAACAAAAUUUAUGAUUUUGUUUGUAAUUUUUGUUUAUAAACAAAAUAAAUUUUUUGUAACUUGUUAUAGUUUCUCCUUCAUCCCAUACUUUUUAGAAACUAAGUGAACUUCAGGUUUGUAAGAACAAAAAGCCAACAGAACUGAAAAAGACAUUAAAGAUUAUGUCCUGCGCCCUUCUCAUAGAUGAGGAAAUGGCAGCCCAG